CUCUUUCUCUCCUCUGCACGAAGCGGAAGACAGAGACUCCUCUCCGCCGUGUUGUGCCUCUCUGUCUGCGGCGGACUGUAUCGAGGUUAAAAACACACGGACAGAGCGGAUUCAUCAGCCGAAAAACACGCACAGGGCCUGCCCUAAACACCCAGACACACACCCGGGAGGGAGGAUGGAGCCUCACGGCAGAGAGGAGCUGAAGGGGCCGGUGCUUCACAUCGUGGUGGUUGGUUUCCACCACAAGAAGGGCUGUCAGGUUGAAUUCUCCUACCCGCCGUUGAUGCCCGAUGAGGGUCACGACAGCAACGUGCUGCCGGGCGAGUGGAAGUACCUCCCUUUCCUGGCUCUUCCUGACGGGGCGCACAACUAUCAGGAAGACACUGUUUAUUUCCACCUGCCGCCGCUGAGCGGAGACAUGAAGUGCGUCUACGGAGUUUCCUGUUAUCGCCAAAUAGAAGCAAAGGCCUUAAAGGUCCGACAGGCUGACGUCACCCGGGAGACGGUUCAGAAGAGCGUCUGCGUCCUCAGUCGAGUGCCUCUCUACGGCCUGCUUCAAGCUAAACUGCAGCUCAUCACGCACGCCUACUUCGAGGAGAAAGACUUCUCGCAGAUCUCCAUCUUAAAGGAGCUGUACGACCACAUGAACGGAUCUCUGAGGGGGUCGACUCUGGAGGGUUCGCAGGUUUAUCUCGGUUUAUCACCACGAGAUUUAAUCCUUCACUUUCGACACAAGAUUCUCAUCCUCUUCAAGCUCAUCCUGCUGGAGAAGAAGGUCAUGUUCUACGUGGCUCCUGUCAACAAACUGGUCGGAGCUCUGAUGACGGUUUUGUCGCUGUUUCCAGGUAUGAUCGAGCACGGCCUCGUCGACUCGUCCCACUACAGGCCCAAGAGCAGCGUGUCCGAGGACCUGAGUCUGGUGGAGAGCGUCUCAGGAGCCGAGGAGUUCGUCUCCGUGUCCGUCACCGACAUCGCGAACACCACGCUGGAGCUGGACAGGGUGGACACCGCCCAGCCUGCCGCAGAGCCUCCGUCCCCUGGGAACAGCUCGGCGGCGGGGGACAACCACCUCCUGAAGCCUCCGUCACGCCCGUCACCAGAUUCCUCCGAGAGCGACUGGGAGACUCUGGACCCGAGCGUUUUGGAGGAGAGCCCUCGUAAAGAGGGAGCCGAGGGGAGCGAGACACAGCCGGAGCUCCUGGACACCUUCGACUCCAAGCCGGGGACGCCGAUCACCGUGCAGCCGCAAUCCGCCAGCAGUCAGGGAGGCGUCGUGCAGGGUCUGGUGUCCGGUCUGGAGGAGGAUCAGUACGGCCUGCCGCUGCCCAUCUUCACUAAGGGUUACCUCUGCCUGCCCUACAUGGCCCUGCAGCAGCAUCACCUCCUGUCGGAUGUGGCAGUGCGUGGCUUCGUUGCCGGAGCGACCAACAUCCUCUUCCGGCAGCAGAGGCACCUCAGCGACGCCAUCGUGGACGUGGACGAAGCCGGCAUCCAGAUCCAGGACCCGGAGCUCCGGAAGAUCCUCAGCCUGACGACGGCCGACCUGCGCUUCGCCGACUACCUCGUCAAACACGUGACGGAGAACCGCGACGACGUCUUCCUGGACGGGACGGGCUGGGAGGGCGGAGACGAGUGGAUCAGAGCCCAGUUCACCCUCUACCUCCACUCUUUACUGUCCUCAGCACUACAGCAAGAUAACGAGAGGCUGCUGGCCGAUUACGGAGCGCCGUUCGUCACCGCCUGGAAGAUCACCCACAACUUCAGAGUGUGGUACAGCAACAAGCACCCCGCCAUGACGGCCAUCACCCCGGGACACCCGUUCCAGGGCCAGUACAGCGUCGCUGACGUGAAACUACGACUCUCACACUCGGUGCAGAACAGCGAGAGAGGGAAGAAGAUUGGAAACGCCAUGAUGACCACCAGUCGCAGCGUGGUCCAGACAGGGAAGGUUGUAGGUCAGUCCGUUGGCGGAGCGUUGACCAGCGCCAAGUCGGCCAUGACCUCCUGGUUCUCCACGCUGGCCCAGCCUGCAGCUGUAACCAACGCGCCGUGUACCGAGCCCGCCACGGAGGUCAAACCCUGAAAAAACCACCAGCCCUCCUUUGAUCUUCUGGCGACCGUCGAAGCUGGAGAGUCGGCGGAGCGAGAGCUGGUUUUUAUGAAGUCUGGGUCGCCGCUUCGUUGGCAUUAAUCUGUAUGGUCCAUAUCCACUGUGAUGCUGCCGGCGCUUAUCGAUCAAAAAAAAACCCCAGAAGUUUCAGCAAGGCGCCUGUUUUUGUAUUGCUGGAUGCUUCCCUGUGAGACACUUGAUGAUGCUGUCGUUGGGUUUGCGGUGUUCAACUCUUUGCUGCAUAUUUCUAGAGUUUGUCUAUAUAGCCGACUAUUUUACUGAGAAAUUAUGUUUAAAGAAAAAAGAAAAACUAAAUCUGUGUCGCAGGAUUUGACCCAACAGCAUGAGCUGCAGCACCUUGAAGAUUUUAACAGUUUGUUUUUAAAUUGACUCGUUCAGUGAUGCCUCUGUAGUAACAUUGUGGUCGGUAACAGCAAGAAUCAAACAUAUAAUUGCAUAAAAAUACAUGUUACGGCUGCAGAAAACAGUGAAAAAUGUCACGUCUACGGAGCCCCGAACUGACAAAAUGUAGUACAAGCUACAAAUAUACAAACAAUAACCACAAAGCUUCAUAUUUUUACUUUAAUCGCCAAUUAUUUGAGUAAAAUAUAAAUUAAGCUGUCAAAAAAACAUUAACAAAUUUAGCUGGCUAAUGCUACUUGGACGUUUUUAGUUUAGUUUGUUCGACAUCAUUACGGAAGAGUGUUAAAUCAUACACUAAGAUUGUUAAUGUUACGGAGACGGUACUACUUACUUAGUUUCGUUAGCUUGCUAACAAAGGUAGGUAGCGAAUGCUACUUGAACAUUUUAGUUUGUUAUUAUGAGAAAGGAGGUAUUAAAUAAUAAAAACAUCAGAGAUUGAUCAAUAAACUCCAAUAUUGUUAAUUUUAUAUCUGUAUACUUCCAAGUAGCGUUAGCUAGCUGACAAAGUUAGCUUUUUUUUUUUGCGUGCUUUCUUACUUUUUAGCCAGCAAGCUAAAUAAACUUUAGCUACUGUGAUGCUACAGAAGUAUUCAGUACAGUAUUGUGAAUGUUUAACAUUUAACUAUAGUUAUGUUAAACACGGCUGGUGUAUUUUUUUUAUCACAAAAGUUUCAAUGAGGUAGCUAGUUGAAAUGGUUAAACAAGCUACCAGCUAUUUCAGCUAAGCUAACUAGCCACACAUCAAAAUAAAAUGUGUAAUGUGGGAAAUAUAGCCGAUUAAAUAUGUGUCAAGAGUAAAAUAAGUUCAGUUUUAAUUAGUUUUAUUAACCGGUUAACGGUAAAGGUGGAAAAAAAUAAGUGUUUUGUUAGCUAGCUAGUAAAGUUAGCUUCAGUGAGAUAGCUAGCUGAAAGUUUAGAGCUUUAACACAAGUAUAAAGCUUUCUAUUUAUUUUUACAGUUUCUUUUAAACAUGUAAUAUAUUGUAUUUGUGUAUUUAGUUGUAUUUUUGAUUCAUCUGCCAACAUUAUGUCAGUUUGUUGGCUCCGUAGACGUCUAAACCACCCAAAAAAAUUGAAUUUAAGACUAAAUAAAAUAGCAAAUUAUCACAAUUUGUGAAAUGUUUUUUUAGCCAUUUUGUCUUGAUACAUCACUUAAAUAAUUAAUCCACUCCCUUAAACUGUUACUACAAUAACCACAAUGUUAUUACUUAGAUCCUCGUGUACCUAAUGCCUGAAUUUCGUGAUGAAAACCUCCCUUAUAAUUAACUAUGAAGGAACCUGCACCCGGCUGUGUGUGUUUGACGGGGUGUUAGUAACCCUCACCCAGGCCUUUUUGUACUUUGCUGUCAGAACAUAUUAAAUAUAUAUAUUGGGAGAACUAUAUUUAGUAAAUCUGAACAUAGUGUAACGUCAGAUAUCUUAUUUAUUUGUUGUGUAUGAACUCAUAAAUGUCCCAUGUUUUGUCAUGACAACACUGGAACAAGUCCUAAUCUGUGGACCACUGUGUGUAUUUGCACAAAGCAGCCAUUAUAUUGUAUUUAUAUGACUCUUUAUCUCGUUUAACUGUAAUUAUGAGGUGCUUACGGGAUCUUUUUCCUUCCCGUGCUACAAAUAAUUCAACAAUAAGUUGGAUUAAAAGUGGUCCAGUGAGCAUGCUCAGUCCAGUCCAGUUUUACAGCUGUAACGAGUGUCAUCCUUUUCGUCUUUAAAUCUCUUUUUCUUGUUGUUCAUGCUUUUAACUCAUUUCUGGAGUUCCCUUUUUGAUUUCUGGAUUAAUUGUCAGAAGGUAUCGUCUGAUUUUUGUUCCUUUUUUUUAUCCUCUGAUGAUCAUUUUUGUAUUUAAAAGAUAUGAAUGUAUUAUGAACUCAAAUUCACAGAAUAUUUUCUUGACAGAUGCUUUUAAUGUAUUUGAGAGGAAAGUGAUACUCGACUAUAUUGCUGUAUUAAAAACAAAUGAUUAAAAUGUG